GCAUGUCAUUAAUAGGCAUGCAGUUUCGUGUGGCAUAACACGUUAGACCAGAUUAUGGCAUAGGCCUAAACUGCACACGAGGUAAUCGUAAAUUUUAUUUUAAAGAUCGAUGACCUUUGCUAUUAUGAGGAUGGAAGGGAACUUUAUAGUCCGGAUGGAUUCACAAUAAUAUCAGUCUUCGUUAUAUAAUCGCAGUAGACACUACUGUGUUUUUAAAAUAAGGAAUCAUGGACUUGACUACAUUUUGGGUUCUUGUGGUUUUUGUAGUGUGUUACGAACAAUCCAGCAUCGCAAACCACGUCAAUGUACUCAGCAAGAACGAUCCUGGCAGAUCAAGACCAAAAAAAUCAGUUGAAACGGAAAUAUAUGUAGCACUUCCGCCGGAUAACAUUAAGACUGGCAAACAAGACACCCCUCCGACGUUGAUACGGUUGGAUCCAAAUUCUCCAAACAAGUUCAAGGGCAAGUUUCCGACGCCAAUCGAACGUUUUAUUCAGCGCAUACAAAACUAUUUUUCCGUAUACAAUCCACCAGAGUACUUAAAUGACUUGAGACCCGGUAUCAAUAAUCCGGAAGACGAUGGCGCGUACCCUCUAGAAUCGUCGAAUAAUACACAGAUAAUACUUCCAUGUAACGGCACGAGCACGAUAGUGAUCAUUCCAGUACCGUUGGAAAAUGAAAACGUUUCUUCCGAUCAAAAUUCAUAUCCAGACAAACCUGACAAUUAUAUAAUAGCGCCAACAACAUCGAAACCCAAUUGCCCGGAAGAUAUAACUACAACAAGUCCGAAAUGUCCUGAAGUAACUACACCGAAACCUAACUGUCCGGAAGUUACUACCCCAAAACCUAACUGUGUUGAAGUCACCACCCCAAAACCUAACUGUGAGGAAGUCACCACGCCGAGACCAAAAUGUCCAGAAGUUACUACUCCGAAACCGAAUUGUCCGGAAGUAACAACUCCGAAACCUAAUUGUCCGGAAGUGACCACUCCUAGACCAAAGUGUCCAGAAACCACAACUCCGAAACCCAACUGCCCGGAAGUGACAACUCCAAAACCGAACUGUCCAGAAGUAACCACUCCAAAACCUAAAUGUCCGGAAGUUACCACUCCAAAACCUAAUUGUCCGGAAGUGACUACUCCAAAACCGAACUGUCCAGAAGUAACCACUCCAAAACCUAAAUGUCCAGAAGUGACCACUCCUAAACCUAAGUGUCCCGAAGCAACAACUCAAACAACACCUUGUCCCCCCAAACAAAGUUCAACAGCAAGUGAUCCAAAGCCUAUAUCGGGAUACGGACCUACUGAAGCUCCUCCGUUGAACUUAGUAGCUCAGCCAGCUCUUGGUUCUACCGUUCUUUAUUUUUACAAGAAACCUACAACCUUACCACCGUAUAACCCACCUGUUUAUAAUCCGCCAGUUCCCGCAUAUUACAUACCGAAUACUCAGUUACCUUACGAAGAAACUACAAGAGGACCCAAGUCACCUAUCUUACGUCUAAAACAGUUGUUAUUCCCACGUUUGUAUGCAGCUUUUCAUCCUGACGAAUAUUGAAUAACUGAAAUUAUAUUAUAAUGUAAGACAAAAAAAAAUAUUUAUACGAAUUACGAACGUGUUAAUAACACACGUGAAUAUUAAUAAUUUCUUAUUUAAUAUCGAGUUAAAUGUAUUUUAAAUUAUUAUUUAUUUAUACUAUAUAAAUAUAUAUUAUGUCAAUAACGGUAAAAACGUGACGAUUUCACUAACGCCAUGUAAGUACCAAUAACACUUUAAUAUAUAAUAAAUUAACGUCAUGCGUUUA